AUGACACUCGAUACAUUUCUGUCGGUAAUCAAAACCCGGCUUUCAGAAAGAGCAGAAGUGCUCACCGGAGCGUUUGAUUCAACGUUCUGGGAGAAAAGGUGGUCAGAUGAUGGGUUUCAAGUCCCGGGAGCGAUUGUAAGGCCUGGGUGCGAAGAUGAUGUUAUUCAAAUAGUCAAAUAUGCAAAAAUCACGUCAACGCCUUUCGCAGUGGCUACUGGUUGCCACAGCCCCUGGUCUUCCAUUAAGAAACACGGCUUUAUCAUUGACAUGUCGUCAUAUAGCACAAUUGACGUUGACCCAACUGCCCGCACUGUAAAAGUCCGUGGUGGUGUCCUGCAUAAGGAGUUCCAGGCGGCCUUAGCUCGUCAAGGCCAGUGCACAGUUGUUGGAGAUGCACAAAAUAUCGGUGUCAUCCCAUACUUUAUCGGCGGAGGGAUCAGCAUCUUUUCUGGUCGUUUCGGCUUCGGGUCCGACAACAUCCUCUCCGGUCGCAUUGUUACGGCCGAUGGGUCCCUACUUCAUGUAAGCGACAAUUUGAACUCGGAUCUCUUCUGGGCACUUCGCGGCGCUGGGCAAUUUUUCGGGAUCGUGACCGAAUUGACGAUUAGGACGUACCCACUCUCCUUAAUUGGGAGUGAGAUAGGAACUCACUAUUUCAGUCGGUUCUUUUUCCCAAUCUCCAAAGUGAGGGAGGUUGGUGCCGUGAUGGAAAACAUCAUACGGAACCGCUCGCAGCCUACUGCCGGUCAUUUAAUGAUCAUGGCUCAGCCGCCGAAAUUUGAGCAGAUCAUCGUGGUGAAUGCCCAUUAUAUUGGAAACCCUGCAGCCGGGGCAUUUUCAUUCAAACCGCUCUACGAUCUCGGUCCAAUGAAAUUAAGCUGUCGCAAAAUUUCAUUUGAAAAUAAUGGUGAUGAGCCCCUAUGCAAAGAUAGUAUUAGGCGCUUUAGACGUCUCAACCUGAGUGCUCUGGACGAAUUCACGACUGAGAAGUUCGUCGCUCUUGCAUCGCUACAUCGAGAACUCAUUACCCAAUGUCCAGAUGCUGAGUUGACUCAGGUAAUCAUCGGUUGGCGGGCGUCAGGUUCCUCGGCGCCGGUAACUGAUACCGCAUUUGGAAAUGCAGGUCGCCUCCUUUGGCUGAAUCUCCUUACUUGGUAUGGAGAUGUUAGUAGUCGUGCAAUGGUUGCAAAUUUCGUAGCCGAAGCCACCCGCAUUGGACGGAAGGGCUCAGCAGAAGACAAAUAUAUUUCGUACACCAACAGUAAUCGGGAAGAUCCUCUUGAAUGGCGUUACAAAGGAGUGGAAAGAGUUAGAAGAUUGAGAGAGUUAAAACAGCGAUGGGACCCAGAAAGUAGGUUCCCGAAAUUGUGA